ACCUUCCCGGGAAGAGCUUCGCCGCCGCCUGACCGUCGCCCGCCGAAAUUGAUCCCGGCGAGCGGGGCUGGGAGCAACCAUGUUUGAAAUUAAGAAAAUCUGCUGCAUCGGUGCUGGAUAUGUUGGUGGGCCGACAUGUAGCGUCAUCGCACACAUGUGCCCCAAAGUCAAGGUCACGGUUGUUGAUGUCAAUGAAGCUAGAAUCGGUGCGUGGAAUUCUGAGACACUUCCCAUUUACGAGCCAGGAUUAAAGGAAGUGGUAGAAUCCUGUAGAGGGAAAAACCUUUUUUUUUCAACCAAUAUUGACGAUGCCAUCAGAGAAGCUGAUCUUGUUUUUAUAUCUGUGAACACCCCAACAAAGACUUACGGCAUGGGAAAGGGCCGUGCAGCAGAUCUGAAAUACAUUGAGGCCUGUGCAAGGCGGAUUGUGCAAAACUCAAAUGGUUAUAAAAUUGUGACUGAGAAAAGCACUGUUCCGGUCCGCGCCGCAGAGAGCAUCCGGCAUAUAUUUGAUGCCAACACCAAACCCAACUUAAAUUUGCAGGUACUGUCUAACCCAGAAUUCUUAGCAGAAGGUACAGCAAUUAAGGACCUGAAGAAUCCAGACCGAGUGCUGAUUGGAGGAGAUGAGACUCCAGAGGGCCAGAAAGCCGUUCGCGCUCUGUGUGCGAUCUACGAGCAGUGGGUGCCCAAAGAGAAAAUCCUUACAACCAAUACCUGGUCGUCUGAACUUUCCAAACUGGCAGCGAAUGCUUUCCUUGCCCAGAGAAUUAGCAGCAUCAAUUCCAUCAGUGCUCUCUGUGAAGCAACUGGGGCUGAUGUCGAAGAGGUAGCAAGAGCCAUUGGAAUGGACCAAAGAAUUGGAAAUAAAUUUCUGAAAGCCAGUGUUGGAUUUGGUGGUAGCUGCUUUCAAAAAGAUGUUCUAAAUUUGGUUUAUCUUUGUGAGGCUUUGAAUUUGCCAGAAGUCGCUCGUUACUGGCAACAGGUGAUUGACAUGAAUGACUAUCAGAGGAGGAGAUUUGCUUCCCGGAUCAUUGACAGUUUGUUUAACACCGUCACUGACAAGAAGAUUGCGAUUUUAGGAUUUGCUUUCAAAAAAGACACUGGAGAUACAAGAGAAUCCUCCAGUAUUUACAUCAGCAAAUAUUUAAUGGAUGAAGGUGCAAAGCUACAUAUAUAUGACCCCAAAGUGCUGAGAGAACAAAUCAUUCUGGAUCUGUCCCACCCAGGUGUCUCUGAGGACGAUCAAGUGUCCCGACUAGUCACCAUUAGCAAAGAUCCAUACGAAGCAUGCGAUGGAGCCCAUGCCCUUGUGAUCUGCACAGAAUGGGACAUGUUUAAGGAACUGGACUAUGAGCGCAUUCAGAAAAAAAUGUUGAAGCCUGCUUUCAUCUUUGAUGGCAGGAGAGUCCUUGACGACCUUCAUAAUGAACUACAAGGCCUCGGUUUCCAGGUCCCUUCCUGCAGUUUGUAGAAUGCCUUCUUUGCAUACCAUCUCUUGGGUGACGUAGGCUCACCUCUUCAGGUAGGUGGGUGAGUGGUCAUGGUUUCGAGGGAGCAUUGGGAUAGAUGCCAGUAGAAUCAUAGAAUUAGAACGGGUCUGACAGAUCAUCUAGUCCAUCCCCCGCCCAAUGCGGGACAGGCUGAAGCAUCCCCAACAGGCAUUUGAGAUACUCCUUUAAGACUGCCAGUGAAGGAGAACCUACCAUCUUUUAAUUCCUUCCAGUGCUAAACUCAGAGGAAAACAUCCUGAAGCCUAUUUAGCUUUUACGCAAUUAGCUGCAGGGCACGUUUCUGUCCCACCCCCACCCCCACUACGCAGGAGCUGACAACCAAAGUAGGAAGACCCUAUGCAUGGUGCCAUUUAUAAUGACUGGGGGUCAUUUCGUAGAAAAAGAGCUGGAGGAACUCAUUAGCAUAACUCAUUAGCAUAUUCCACACUUCUUGCCGUCACCAGAAGUGUCAUUAGUAUAACUGAUUUGCGUAUGCCACACCCCCUGGCAUCACCUAUUCUGGCUGUUUUGGACCCAAUCCUGGCCAUUCAGGGCUGAAAUUGGGCCCAAAAUGGCAUAAAGAGGCUGAAAAUGGCGGAAAAGGGAGCCAAAAUAGUCAGGAUUGGGCCGCUGAUGAGCGGGAGAGUGGUCCACUACCCGUUAGAGGCCCGAUCCAGGCCAUUUCGGCCCCAAUCCAGGCUGAAAUGGGCCCAAAAUGGCCGAGAGUCAGGUGGGUGGGGCCACCUGACAUGUGACCUCUUUGGGGAACUGCCGGAACUGCAUUCCUGUGCGUUCCUCCUUAUAAUGAGCCCUGCUGAUGCCCAAGCGACAUGUUCAGAGUGAGCACAUACAGUCUGCUCCUCUAAAAAGCAGGAGUUCCUUGUUUAAAUGUGGUUAACCUUGGACUUUCCCCCCUUCAGAUUGAGACAAUUGGGAAGAAGGUAUCGGCGAAGAGGAUUCCGUUUGCUUCUUCAUGUGACAUACCAAAGUUUAGCCUGCAAGAUCCUCCCCUGAA